AUGAGUGUUUUACAACAUUAUUUGAAGAGCAGUUUACAAAAGCUAUAUCUUGCAUUAACACUUGUAUUUGUACUUAAUCUUUCAGUGAGUGUAGUUAAAUGUGAGAAUGUGUUGCCUUAAAAUCAUUAACAGGAUAUAAAAACAGAUAAUUAGGCACUUAAAGAAAAUGUUUAAGUUCAAAGCUAUUAUUUGAGCGAGUAAGAGUAUAAAUUAAUAGACUUGGAUGAUAUUUAUUUAGAUUAUCAAUUUAAAAACACUAUUGACACGAAUUGUAAUAAAGAAUAUGUCGAAAUAAUAACAAGCUAGAAUGAAAAGCUUGUCUAAUAUUAUGAAAAUACAAUCAACACUCCUGUUAUUAAUAUAAUAACAUUUGCUAGCUAAAAGAUGUUGAAAGUAAAUGCUGUUGGACUUCUUUCAAAUACUACCUUAAUCACAUUCAUCGAUGAUGCAUCUUCAUUUGACACUGAAACAGACAAAACCUCUACACAUCUUAAGAAUAUCUAGGCCUAUCCAAUUGCCAACUAAGACAGCUGUGAGAAUCUUAAAAAAGCCAGCAGCGAUUCUUUUAUUUUUGAGUGUUCAAAAUUUGAUAAUAAUAAAUAAGUAAAUGUUAUUACACUUUACAAAUUCAACUCUAAAGAUUUCUCAAAUGCUAAUGGAAUUGAUCUUUCAAAUAUUCAACCACAGUAAAUUACAUUGAAUUUUGAUCCUAAAUUUGCUUUUAAAUCUAAGAGCCCUGACUAAAGUCCACAGUAAUUAGAAGCCAGUUAUUAGCUCUUCUUAUAAGAAUAUUAAAAUUGCGUAAAAGAUACAGGAUUUUACUUUAAUAGUGAUACCAACGUCUAACACUAUUUCCGUACAUGCAAGUAUCAUGAAACACUUAUGUAAACGAACUCAGACUAAUAAAUCUAUUUGGAUAAUAUUGUGAGCUUUUUUGAAUUCUAUGACUUAUCAAUUGUACAAAGCGAUGGAUCAGUUACAGGAAAGAGCCCUACAAUUAAAUUUAAAGACGAAAACAAAGAUCUUACUAUAAAAACACAAGGAGUUUAAUAAGCAAUCGAUAACUGCAUUACAGUUUUAGACUAUGAUAACGGUCUACUUUUCUUUAUCUAUGAUAACAUUUCAAAUCAGUACUAAAACUAAGAUUACUUCGUGAAAUACUAUUAUGAUCAAAAGUAUAUCAAUCUGUUCAUCUAAAAAAAUAAAGAUAUAGAAUUUUCUAUUUAAGAUAGCAUUCCUAACUACAUGGUAGUUAACACACAAAUGUAUAUUUUGAUGUAUCAACUUAACUCUUCAUCUCAAGUUGGUAUAAACACAUUCCCUCAAACUGUAUCUAUUUCUCGUUUUGUUAAUUCAGUAUAAACUAUCCAUAUAGAAAAUAAAGAAGAUGGUGAUAAGCAUAAAUCAGAACAAGAUAAAACAGAUUUUGUAAUUCCUGAUAUUAAAAAUGUCAGUAAUUUUAGAUCAAUAAAAUACAACUUUGAUCAGUAUCUUUACUACAUUGAAAUAAAAUUUAGUGAUCCAAGUCAUGUGAGCUACUUUUUGAUGGUAAACAGAGCACUAACUGAUAACACAAACAGUAUCAAAAUGAAUUAAACAGCUAUCGAAUUAGAGCAGUUAACACAAAAUAAUUAUUCAAAAAUCUUUCACUAUUUCAUUCCAGGUUUGUUCUAUAGCAAUAUAAGAACAAGAGUAAGACUUUUCUAAAUUGGUGAAGAUACUGGAAGUAUAAUCCUUAAAAAGUAUAGUGAUGAUUAAAUAUCUUAAGCAAAAAACAAUCUUUCAAUUACCACAUACUCUUGGAAGAGUGCAUAAAUUAUGAAAUUAUAUACCAAGCAAUUUGAAACAUACUCUUCUUGCAGUAUAACAAUGCAUUUUGAAGCUAAGCCAAGCAGCUAAGCUGUUGGAACAAAAAUAGUACAAGGUAUGAUAAACUUGAUUCCCAGAAAUUUCAAUGGUGUUAUCUCUAAAGUAGGAUUAAACAUAUAAAAGAAAUUCUUUAAUCCAAAGCCUAUAUUCGAAAUUAAAGAUUGGUUUUUUGGAGCAGGUAUUAACUAUUCAUAUCAAUCUAAAUAAGAUGUAACAUUAGCUAUUAAGUACAAUUCUUCUACUAUAAUUUAAGAAAUUGAUUCAAUUUAAGAUAAAUAAAAAGUAUUGCUUGAGGAGCAAGAAAACAAAAGCACGUUGAAUUUAGAUGAGAAUAUAUGUAAGCUAAGUCCAUGUGAUGAGAAGGUGAUAGCUGCUAUACAAGUUGGAGAGGAUUAUUACAUAUUUUACUAAAAUUGUUUGUGCCUUUUUUGGUUUGAAAAAUGUACUGUUUAAACUCCAACAGGCUUAUCAUAAAAUACACCUGCAUGCUAGAAAUCAAAAAGUAUGAAAAUAAGUCAAAAAAUAGAGAGUAUUAUCUUUGAUGGUAGUAAAAUUUUAGCUCUUGGAAAAUCACUGUUAGCAAACAGCAAUACCCUUUAAUAAUCUCCUUCAUUAACUUUAAUGAACGUUUAUGAUGAAUUAUCAACUGAAGGUGAUGAUUCAGGUGGAAAGAAAAAUCCCUAUGCAACUGACACAAACUUAAAGAACUCAACUUUACCAUAGAAUUAGUGUGAUGCUCCAUAGUUUAGUAACUUCCUGUAAUAAGGACCUAAAUAGUCAAACUAAAAGAAAAUCCAUAUAAAGAAAAAUUUACAAACUGAAUAAAAUGAUUCAUAAUAAGGUAAACCUAUCAAUUCUGGGUAAUUCAGAAGAAAAGCUUUCACACCUCCUAAGAACCUUAAUCUGAAUCUUAAUUUUAGCCUUGAUAAAAUACAAUUCGUAUUCAUUUACUGUAUUCCAAACACUAUAAAGUAUGCUCUGAUAGUUUAAUCUUAGCUGUUUAAAAUUAAAAGCAUGGUCAUAUUUAGUAUCUAAAAUUAAAUCCAAGAUGUUAGUAUCUAUACCUUUUAAGACACAGACUAGCUACAAGACAGCUAUGAUGUUAGUUUGCUCGACUAAGGUAUCAUCUUUGCAGCUCAUAACUAGCAAGAUAACGUUCCUGGAAGAAUAACAAUUUACAGAGUGAAUUUUAUUUCUUAAUAAAUUACUGUUGAUAGAUACUUUACUAAGCAAGAUAUGCUCCACUAAAUUCAACAGUUUUAGCAAAAUAUUUUCACUGGUUAGUUCAGUAAAUAAAAUUCUUAAAAUAAGAUUAAAACAUCAGAGCUCAAUGAUGAUGUAAAAUUCUAAGUAUACUUGAAAGAAAUGAAAUAAAAAAAUAUAGUUUAUGUCAACGACUUUGAUAAUUUCAUGAAUAAUUUUUCAGUCAAAGUAUGGAGAAACGAUGAUAAACAAACAUAUCGCUUUUUGCUUAUUGAUUUCCAAAACAACUGUCUCUUUGAUUAUUUUCUCUAUGACUUAAUUUAACCCAUUUUCAUUCGCUAAGUUAAUCUCUACGACUUCUAAAUUAUAACAAAUUAGUAGUUCCAAAUUACAAAUAAUAUGAUUUCACUUCACGUUACUAAGAAAAACUUGGAUUACUUGAUUUCACUUGAGAUUAACGGCUAGUCGAUCAACCAAAUUAGAAAAAUAGAAUUACAAUAAGACAAACAAGUUAGAAGCUUUAGUUAGGUUCAGCAAUCUCUUGGUAAUCCAUACUAAGAAGGAACUCUUUGUGGAGUUUUCUAAUUACCUUCUCCAAGUAUAAAGUGUAUAUUCUAUCCAUAAAUAGAAUUAAACUUUGAUUAUAGCCUUAACAGUAAACAAAAUUAAGAUCAGAAAACUAAUUAAGUCAAUUAAGACGGAUAUUAAACCUCAUCUGACAAGCAAGUUGAUUUUUCUAUUUACUUGUCCACAGACUUAAAUCCUGAGUAGACUUAGAUAACUCUUUAGACUGAUUUUAGCAAUUUUGAUACAAAUUUGAUUUAAGAAGAUAAAUCUCCUAUUUAUUAUGAUGCAUAGAAUAACAGUACUGUAUUAGAAAAUGAUGGUAAAAACAUUAAACUAAAGCUGAAUACUACGUUUGUAAAAGGUUCGAUUGGAGAAUAUUAUUUAUAGCCUUUAAAUAAAUAAAAUGUAAAGGUUAAGGCGUACAUAGAUACUGACCAAAUUUAAAACCAAAGUUUGUCUAUGAUUUCGUCUCCGUCAUAUUGGUAUAUUAAAUAAACUGUCAGAAAUCCUUAUCAGAUAGUAUACUUGCUUGAUAGCUAGCUCCUAGUUAUAAAUCAAAAUAUGAAAUAUGAGUUUAAAGAGAUAUUCAGAAUAAAAUAUACAGAUAUAGAAAUAAAAUAAAAUUUAAAAUUAGAAGCAAAGCUUCCUGAUAAUUUGAAGUUAUGCGAUUGCUCUGAAAUUUAUUCGAACAGUAUUUUAUCUAGCUAAACUACUACUACUUAUCUGUAUAUCCUCCUUUGUAAUUACGAUUCCAAAAAUAAAAUUUACAUCACAUUUAAUGUAGACAUUAACCACUACUCUUCGUUGGAAGAUUAAUAGAAAGACUGGGAAAUAGCAAUGAAAAAUAAUGUUAGAUAUGUUGACAUAAACUUCAUUGAAGAAGAUUUAGACUCUAUGGUAUCUUAAUCUCAAAUUAAGAAUAUUUAGAUUAUUUCCCUUACUGAUGAUCUCAAUAAUUUAACUGGUUUUAUAUUUAUGUUGGUGAGAUAUUUGAGUGGAGAUCCAAAUGAUGUUAAAGCAUAACAUGAUAAUACCAUUUACAUUUUAUGGUCAAGCCAUGAUCCUUACAGCACAUAUUUCUAAAUGUAUGAGAUAGAAUAGAUAAAUAGUGCAGAUUUUGGCUUGAACUAUAUUUCUGUCUACAAUUUUGUUGCCAGCUUCCCUUAACAUUAUCCUAACUAAGCAAGAUUAGUUAUAGAGGAAAAUCAAAGCAAAUAGGUCAUUAAAGAUUUCAUUUUUAACAUAGGCUGGGAUGAUGGGGAGAGAUAUGUUAUCCUCGCUUUGCUCAAGCUAUCUUUGCCUCCCAUUUAAUAAAAUGAAAGUAGCACUAAACAAAGUACAGGAAAUGCAAAGUUAGUUUUCAAUGCAUAUUACGAAGACAUAUAUUCUGAUUUGUUCAACAGCUUUAUUAAAUCAUAUUAAACAUAUUUAUAACCUUUUACACAUUUGAGGAGUUAAAUUACAUUCCAGCCUAACACAUAUGACUCGAGCGUUAUCAUUAUUAAUGAAUUUUCAAUUUUAGAGUUUACAACAUUCUAAUCGGAAGAUCCAUAUGCUAUAAUAAAAAAGAAAGACGCUAAAAACAUUAGUUCAAAACAGCUUUGGCAUGACUCUGAUUUCAAAGAUUCAGAUAAUAUAUCGAAAAUUAUUACAUACAGCUAGUAUGCUUGGUGCAAUAAUUAUUUCAACAAUAAUUAGCAAACUAUACUCAAAUACCAUAACUUUUUUAUCAUAAUGUGUGCUCAAAUAAAUAAACCUAGUAUUAAUUCUACAAUACCUGAUAGAAAUUCUACAAUUUAAAGUAUCCUCAAGGUAUAUAAAAUUCAUCAAAAUUCUGACGAUGGUGAGGAUGGUGACGACUCUGAUGAUUCUGAUGGUAAACUCUUUAAAAAUAAGGCCAACAAAAAAAUAUUGAAGGGUAAAACUACCUUAGUAAGCAACCAAACCGUUUCUAUGGUUUAAUCAAUCAACUAUACAAAUGGCUCUAACCCAACUAUUGCGCUAUCUUCUAUGUCUUUUAGAUAAGAAAAUUAGGACCUAUACUUUGAUAUUAUUUUAUCAUAAGAUGGUAAUUUCAAACUAUUUGAAUACCCUGUAAACGAUCAACCUUACUUGAUAGUUAAAAGUGAUAUCUCUGAUAAAUCCUCUGUUGAGGUUUGCACAAAUAAUAAAUAUAUGAUACCUGUAUGCAAUUAGGCCAUUUUUGUAAAUCCAAUUAUAGAUACAAAUGAUUAGUCUAUGAAAGAAUGGCUUAAAUUUACAGGAUUGGUGGCACUGCCUCUUUUCUUAACUCUCAGUUUUAUAUUUGUUUCUUUUAUUUUUAUGAAAAAGCUUCGUAAAAAUAGAUAGGAUGAAUUUAUUUAGCUAUUGUAAAACUAAAGCACACCUUAUUACAAAAGCAAAUCAGAUUUAAGUUUCGUUGACUCAGUCAGUAAUUAGUAGAAAAAUGAAAAAUUCUUGACUUCAUUCUAACCUUAAGUAAAAAAUCCUAUUUACUCAGUGUCAGAGCACGCUCUCUUUACUUUUAAUGAUAAUCAAUUAAAUGCCUCUACUGAGUUAAAAUGA